AUGGAAGGGGCAAUUCCAGUGAGCAGCGUCAGCGGGUUCAUCGUAGUGGGAAUUGUGGCGGUUUACACUGUCAAAGUGAUUUACCACCACAUUCGAGGCGACUACCCCGCCCCCACGUCGUCACAGUUGCUCUUGAACGAUCCAACAACAGGCCCAUUAUCGACCCCACGACUCAAACGUUCCGACAUUGAAGCACUACUACACGACGUGCCAAGAUGGUUGUGCUCUGUAUGUGCCUUUCACAACAUUGAUACCCGAUGGAGUUGCAGUUUAUGCCACACUGCCAGAGACACGUAUUUGAUUCAAAACACUGUCACCACGACCACGGACCCUUCGCUAGCCCAAGAAUCCGACCCGAAGAGCAUGAUGCUAUUAGAUCACGGCGCUCGGUCAGCGAUGAACACUCUGUUUUACCUACGCUCACUCCUUCCCGAAGAUCUCAAUCCUCGUCAGAAAAGCGCACGUAUGAGGAGGCAGUGGACUCGGUCCAUGUCAGCUACCCACAACGGCAAAGUCGGAUGGACACGCCACUUUGUAAACGCCCCAGCGUCUGCCACGUUCCCUGUCCACAUCAUUCAAGUGACGACGAGCAAUGGCGGCGCGGCGGCUACUGCCAUGUGGCAACCCUUGGACGAGGCAUGCUCUAGUAAUACUAGUGUGUCGCCAACACUGUGGCCACCGUUGCUGCAGCUGUCCGAUGAAUCUUUUUCCGUGAAAUACGCGUGGUUUCUAAGCCAAUUGGCUGACUUGGUCGUGCCGUUCAAUGAGCUGCAUCUCACGCGGCAAAGCCACCGCGGCGACGACUUCCUCAAUGAUGUCAUGCACACGCUCUUGGCUUUGGAAGGGUCGGAACUCUGUGCGAUUGUGCGGGUCGAGUUUCAGGAUGAAAUCGGCCGCGAUGCUGGGGGCCUCCAGCGCGAAUGGUACUUGCUAGCUGCAGAAGCGAUCAUGACCAGUGGAUUGUUUGUCUUGGUGAACCGAGACGACCAAUCAUAUUUUAUCAACCCCCACGCUGCCACAAGUCCACUUCCCCAAGUCGAGGCCUUCGAAGCUGUGGGCAGGUUUAUUGGCCGAGCACUAUUGGAUGGCCAAGGCUUGUCGUUGCCGUUGAACCCCGUGCUUUUUAAAGCAAUCUUGGGGACGCCAUUAACGUUGGACGACGUCGAGAUGCUCGACACUCAAGUGUUUCAAAGUUUGCGUUAUGUAUUGGAGCACGAUAGCGUGGAGUCGUUGGCCCUGACGUUUGCAGUGACGGAAGAUGUCGGCAGUGGAAAGCUCAAUGUGGUGGAACUAGUGGAAGGCGGCGUGGACGUCGAAGUCACGGAUGCCAACAAGCACGACUACGUGGAACGCAUGGUGCACCACUUGCUCUUCCAUCGAGUUGAACGCCCCUUAGCCGCCCUGAUUCAAGGCGUGUAUGCGAUCAUCCCUCGGGAACUCCUUGCCCCGUUUGACCACAAAGAAGUGGAGCUCAUUCUAUGUGGCUUGCCCGACAUUGAUGUUGACGACUGGAAAAUGCACACGAACACGACGGACGCCGUGCGAACUUCGCCCUUGUGGACCUGGUUUUGGGAGAUUGUGGCCGACUUGUCACUGGAAGACCGCGCCAAGUUUCUCCAGUACACGACGGGGUCGCCCCGAGUUCCGGUCCAAGGGUUUAGCGGUUUGACGAGCUACGACGGUCGAAUCUGCCACUUUUCGAUCCGAGGCGUGACCUACACCCAGGGGAAAUAUCCCGUCGUGCACACGUGCUUUAAUCGCAUCGACUUGCCAGCGUAUCCGUCCAAGGCUGCUCUCGAAGAAGCGAUUGCGAUGCUGCUCUUGACCGAUGCAACAGGCUUCACGUUGAACUAGCUCGACGACGAUUGGUUAAAAUAAUGUCCAUCUCAGUAACGUUAGUAUUCGCCUAAAAAACAUCCGUGAAGGAUGAUAUGAUUGGA